AUGGAUUACCACCGCAACUACCGUCCUUGCUCCACCUUCUUCGUUGAAGAUGACUAUGGCAUGGAGGCUCGGGCCCGUCAAGAGCGUCACGCAAAGCAAGAACAUGAGAAAAUCGUGGCUCGUGAGCGUCAGCAUGCCAUGGCGGAUGAGCUAUCUCAACUCACCAGCGAUGAAUUCCGCGAUGAUAUUCUGAGUCACAUGCUGGAAAUGGAUAGCCAAACCCUGCCCGACGUCGAAUCCAUUGACAUUCAAACUGAGAUCCAGUGGUUCAUGCGCCCAUACCUUCUUGACUUUUUGAUCGAGGCCCACACUGCUUUCCAGCUUCUGCCUUCAACUUUGUUCCUGGCUAUCAACCUUUUGGACCGCUACUGCUCUAAGCGUGUGGUCUACAAGCGACACUACCAGCUGGUUGGAUGUGCAGCUCUGCUAAUUGCGGCCAAGUACAAUGACAAGAAGGACCGUGUGCCUACCAUCAAGGAAUUGAAGUCCAUGUGCUGCUCUCUAUAUGAUGAUGACAUGUUCACUCAGAUGGAAUGGCAUGUGCUUCAAACCCUGGGCUGGACCAUUGGACACCCGACCGUGGAUGCUUUCCUGCAGCAUGCUCUGCUUGACGAUGUUUACGACCCUGAGGUGGAACACAUGGCUUUGUACAUUCUUGAGAUUGCUCUAUUCCACCGGGACUUUGUUGCCAAGCCGUCCUGCGAGCUCGCUCGUGCUGCCCUGGCACUCUCGCGCUGUAUCCUUAACCGGCCUCAGCCUCGCCACACUCACUGGGCUUCACAGUAUGACUCUAUGACGCUUGUUUCUUUGUCUCAACAAUUGCACCAGCCUUCGACCGUUGUUUCUCGCAAGUAUGCCUCGGCUCACUACUCUCGGGUUUCCAAGGUCAUGGAGCAGUUCCUCAACCGCCAAGCUUCUUUGGCCAGCUAUGCCCGUUGCACUCCUCCUGUCGAGACUCCUGUCGAGUCCCGGCCUUACAAUGGAGAGAUUGGUCUUGCUACUCCACAGAAGUCCUCGCAGUUGACUGCUGUUCCUCAUGGAUACCUCACUCCUCCCAUCACUCCGGAGAAUGAGGCUCUGGUGCAUGCUCAUGCACACAUGGGGAACCAUGACAUGACCCGUGGAAUUACCACUGUCAAUGGCUGCUCUCCAUCUCCAGCGCCAUCUGCUGAGAUGCAAUACAUGAACAGCGAAGCAUACCAGCAAGAGGCUAUGUACAUGGCGCAGCAGGCAGCGCUUCAACAAUUCCCAGUGGCACCUACCCACAUGGGGAUGGACCAGACCUAUUAG